UACUCACUCAUGUCCACCGCCGGGACGAGAAACUGAGCUUCUUGUGCGGGAAAUUUUCAACUUUUCACACAUUUCUUUUUGGUUUAAUUAUUGGAUAAAGACACAGAAGAAAGCAUUCAUUAAAAAAAAUUGCCAAAAUGCUGCCGAGAAUGCUGAAAAUGAAGACGGUGGGCACCGUUUUGGCAGUCAUUUGGCUGUUUGGAUUGGCAUUCAUUUAUGUGCAAUCUACGAGCUCAAGCUUAAGGCCACCGGGACGUCAUCCACCACCACUACCACAGCUCGACCCUUUAAUACCCCAAAACCCGCCGCAAAACGACGAAAUUCGGCCGAAAAAGAGCGCGCCGCCCAUUCCAACGAUAAAUUUGGCAGAAGAUACCACAAUUCAUGAGAGAACCGAAAAAGAUGUCACUUGGAAGACAUUCGAUGUGGAAAAGUUUUUGAAUAAGGGGAAAUGGCAUCAGGGAGAGGACAAAUACAAGGCCAACUCAUUCAACCAAGAAGCCUCCGACGCGCUAAACCCCACCCGAAAAAUUCCGGAUUCCCGUGAGCCCCAAUGCCGUGACGUGGAUUAUUCGAAAGUUGGCAUGCAGCCAACUACAGUAAUCAUUACUUACCAUAAUGAAGCCCGGAGCUCACUUUUACGGACGGUCUUUAGUGUUUUCAAUCAGUCACCGGAGGAAUUGCUGCUGGAAAUUGUGCUAGUCGACGAUAAUUCCCAGGAUGUCGAAAUUGGAAAAGAGUUGGCUCAAAUUCAACGAAUUACAGUACUCCGUAAUAAUCAACGGGAGGGUCUGAUUCGGAGCCGGGUUAAAGGAGCCCAAGUGGCUCGGGCUCCGGUGCUCACAUUCCUCGAUAGUCAUAUUGAGUGUAAUCAGAAAUGGCUUGAACCCCUGUUGGCUAGAAUUGCCGAGAAUCCGAAAGCCGUCGUUGCACCGAUUAUCGAUGUUAUCAAUGUUGAUAAUUUUAAUUAUGUUGGAGCGAGUGCCGAUUUGAGGGGAGGAUUCGACUGGACCCUAGUCUUCCGCUGGGAAUUCAUGAACGAACAGCUCCGCAAGGAACGCCACGCCCAUCCGACGGCGCCUAUUCGGUCGCCUACAAUGGCCGGAGGCCUAUUCGCAAUCUCAAAAGAAUGGUUCAACGAACUGGGAACCUAUGACCUCGAUAUGGAAGUAUGGGGUGGCGAAAAUCUGGAAAUGUCAUUCAGAGUCUGGCAGUGCGGCGGCUCACUGGAAAUUAUGCCAUGCUCCCGGGUUGGGCAUGUUUUCCGGAAGAAACAUCCUUAUACAUUCCCCGGGGGAUCCGGAAACGUGUUCCAGAAAAAUACGAGAAGAGCCGCUGAAGUAUGGAUGGACGAGUAUAAGGCGAUUUAUUUGAAAAAUGUACCUUCGGCCAGAUUUGUCAAUUUUGGAGACAUAACCGACCGCCUGGCCAUUCGAGACCGCCUACAGUGUAAAUCGUUCAAAUGGUACCUGGAAAAUGUGUACCCACAGUUGGAAAUCCCGCGAAAAACGCCUGGAAAAUCGUUCCAAAUGAAAAUCGGCAACCUCUGCUUGGAUUCGAUGGCUCGAAAAGAAUCAGAAGCUCCGGGGCUCUUCGGUUGUCAUGGUACCGGUGGAAAUCAGGAAUGGGUCUUUGAUCAGCUCACCAAGACAUUUAAAAAUGCGAUUUCUCAGUUGUGCCUCGAUUUUUCGUCAAACACCGAGAAUAAGACGGUGACAAUGGUCAAAUGUGAAAAUCUGAGACCCGACACAAUGGUCGUGGAGAAAAACGGAUGGCUAACGCAAGGCGGAAAAUGCCUUACGGUGAAUCAGGGCUCCGGCGGCGAUUGGCUCAUCUACGGAGCUCACUGUGAGCUUAACAAUGGUGCUCAGCGAUGGAUUUUCGAGAAAUUGGAUACUUAUGAAUAAAAAAUCGAUUUUUUUUCGCAUUUCCCAUCUCAAUAAUAUCAUUUUUCCCUUAAUUUUCCUGUGAUUUUCCCAAUUUUUUACUCCGUUUUCCCCUUAAAAAUGUGCCUUUUUUCCUGCCUUUUCCCCCCCUAUGAAAUUCCAAUUUUUCAAUCGAUACUUGCCCUUAUUAACUUUCUUUUUUUUCAAUUUUUCUACUUAAUACUUUAAUUUAUAUGUUUUAAUUGUCAUACAUGACACUGAAAAAUUUUUGCCAAAAAUUUGAAUUAAUAAAUUUUGUUUUUU